UUUGUAUACAUUUUUUAUCAAACUUCACUUUAUAGUUAUUGUCUCCAUCAUUACUUCAACCAGUGAUGGUGACAUAAAAUCUUCUCUUUUAUCACUGGAUCUGGAUGUCAUCAGUGAAGAUGAAUUUAACAACAUUAAAAACUCAAUUAUCGAGUGGGAAGAUGACACCUGGUGUCCUGAUAUGGAGACAAAGUCUGUGUCAUCAUUUGAAGAAGACGAAACAAAGGAAAUAGAUACAGACUAUGAUGACAGUGAUGAUGAGGACUAUAUGCCACAUAUUUGUGUGCGGACUGGCGGUGCUCUGAAGACUCCGAUUUGUCUGAAUUCCCUUCAAACAAUUAGUAUGGAGGACACUGUGCACGAUGCCGAAGACAACUCCCAAGACCCUACUAUUGCAGACAUGCAUCCAGUCCCAGAGACUGCUAAAAUCAUGGUUGAGGAUGACAUAAUUGGCCAGCCAGCAUCUAUAACAUACCACAGUCGUCUGAAGCUGCUUGCCGAAUAUCUUGUUCUACCUGUGAACACGUGUACUGCUAAGGACACAAACACAAAUGCAGAGUGUGGGGCACAUGAACCAUUUGAGGUCAACAUCCAUUCCAGGGGUACAGCUGCAAUUGUGGAAUGGAUACGUUGUAAUGGUCACACUGUUUGGAAAUGGUCUUCACAGCCCAAUUUUAAAUAUGGAAUGCUUGCUGGGGACUUUAUGUUGGCGUGUAACAUACUGCUGUCUGGCAACAACUAUGCCAAGAUUUCACUUCUCUUUAAAUUUACGAAUAUGGGGAUGGUGGAGAAGUCAUCUUUUUUCCGAAUACAAGACUCAUACUGUGUGGACACCAUAAAGGAAUUCUGGAAGGAGAAGAGAGCUGAAAUCAUUGCCCAACUACAGUCCAAAGGGCCUAUUGUGGCCUUAGGUGAUGCUCGGAUGGACAGUAUUGCACAUAUUCAACAAUGGAAAAUGAAACUAAACAUAUAAUCAGUAUGGUCAACAUCGAGAAGAGGGAGACCAUGAGGAACUCUGUUGUAAUGGAGAAAGAGGCCUUUCAACAGACCUUCGAGGCACUCCGUCAAGAAAUAAACUUGACUGAAAUUUGUACCGAUGCUCAAAUAUCAGCUCUCUUCAACAAAGGGAAAUACAGAGACAGCGGAGUCCACCACACUCUGGACGUCUGGCAUGGGUCCAAAAACUUGAGCAAAAAAACUCAUGCAGCAGGGCAGCAAAAGGGGUGUGCCAUUCUCCAGAUGUGGAAUAAAGACGGAUAUCAGCUAAUAAGGGGAUUCCUAGAAGCAGAACCAGGAGACCUGAUGAUCCCCGUCAACAUGGCGUACUGUCUGGUGCACCUGCUCCAUCAACACUGGAGCUAUUGCAAAUUCAAGUCAGCAGAGAGUUAGGUCAAUCGCUGCCGAAACAAUGAAUAAUCUCCACAGGACCAGAGCUGAUGUGAUGCUACGUCCCAAGAUACCUCUGGAAACCCAAUGUCUUAUAUGUGUUAUUGUUGAUUGUGCUAAUGUUUUUUAUAUUUGUGAUUAUAGUUUCUAGCUUUAGUAAUACAGAAAUUAAAAA